UAUUGUCUGCCUAAUUCAAUCCACGUACGGGUCACCAGGAAAAUAGAAGAAGCUAGUUCCAGUUAUAAAAGUGAAGAGAAAAGGCUGAGAUAAGAGCAUCAAAAUGGGAAAGUUGAAUUUACGUUUCAUUUCUUCAGAUCUGGUUCACUAUGGACUUCUACUUUCCCUACUUCUUUUAUCGCACUAUUCCUUUCAACCUGCAUCUUCUGCCUCCAGAGUGAAGUUCCUUCCAGGAUUCGAGGGACCUCUUCCUUUUGUUCUUGAAACUGGGUACGUGGGAGUGGGAGAAUCAGAGGAUGUGCAGACAUUUUACUACUUCAUUCAAUCAGAAAACAACCCCAAGGAAGAUCCUCUCAUGCUUUGGCUUAACGGUGGUCCUGGUUGCUCAGCUCUGACUGGGCUUUUUCUUGAAAUGGGCUUUACUUAUGCCCGAACGGAACUUGCUGCUCAAAGUAGUGACACGUUGUUAGCUAGUCAAGGCCAUCAAUUUUUAAGAAAGUGGUUAAUUGAUCAUCCAAAUUUUUUGUCAAAUGAAGUUUACAUUGCUGGUGACUCAUAUGCUGGCAUUCCACUUCCAGCAAUUGUUCAAGAAAUUGCACAAGGAAAUGAAAAGGGGUUUCAACCAAGUAUAAAUCUCCAGGGAUACAUUUUGGGGAAUCCAAUAACAACGAGAACGGAGCCAAAUUAUGCAAUCCCCUUUGCUCAUGGAAUGGCACUUAUUUCUGAUGAAUUAUAUGAGUCAUUACAAAAGAAUUGUAAAGGAAACUUCAUCGAUGUGGACUCCGAAAAUAUAUUAUGCUACAGAGAUAUGGAAUCAUUCAAUAAGCUUGUAUCAAGAAUUUCUAUCUACAAUAUUUUGGAGCCAUGGUGUGAGAGUGAUCAUAUCGUAUCUCCUUUGAGAAGAUCCUUAAUUGAGAAAUUUCCUAGAAAGCAUUUCUUGAAAACUGAUCUCAAAUUGCCAGCCGUAACAUGUCUGACUUAUACGGAAUUCUUAUCUGCUUAUUGGGCAAAUGAUGAUAAUGUUCAAACUGCACUUCAUAUUCACAAGGGAAGUAUAGGAACAUGGAUUCGUUGUCAUCGUGAUUCACGUUUCAAGUACGAUAUCUUAAGUAGUGUUGAAUAUCACGCAAAUCUUAGUAGAAAUGGCUAUCGUUCACUAAUAUACAGUGGCGAUCAUGACAUGGCAUCUCCUUUCUUGGGAACUCAAGAAUGGAUAAGAUCUUUAAACUACUCUAUUGUUGACGAUUGGAGGCCAUGGAAUUCAAAUGGCCAAGUUGCAGGAUACACAAGGACUUACUCUAAUCGCAUGACAUUUACAACUGUGAAGGCUGCAGGCCACACAGCUCCAUUGUACAAACCCGAAGAAUGUUUUGACAUGCUCAGUAGAUGGAUAUCUAAGAAGGCGUUAUAGGAAAACAUUAAGGCCAUUUGUUAUCAUGCCAAGUAUCAAAUUUACCCUUUUCCUAAUAAAUGUGUUUAUGAAUCCAAAAAUAAUUUUAUACCUUCUAAUAUAAAAGGAGGGAUUCAAUAGUUCUUUUA